CCCGCGUCGUUAGGGAGCGUAGGAGCGGCGUCUCUGGUUACGGGGUGGGGCAAAGGGUAAAGGGCAGCCUUGAGGUUGAAGAGCACCUCUUUUUAGUAAUGGCCGCGUCUGGGGAACCCGGGAGGCACUGGCAGGAGGAGGUGGCGGCAGUGGUAGUGGUGGGCUCCUGCAUGACCGACCUGGUCAGUCUUACUUCCCGUUUGCCAAAAACUGGAGAAACCAUCCAUGGACAUAAGUUUUUUAUUGGCUUUGGAGGGAAAGGUGCCAACCAGUGUGUCCAAGCUGCUAGGCUUGGAGCAAAGACGUGCAUGGUGUGCAAGGUUGGCAAAGAUUCUUUUGGCAAUGAUUAUAUAGAAAACUUAAAACAGAAUGGUAUUUCUACAGAAUUUACAUAUCAGACUAAAGAUGCUGCAACAGGAGCGGCUUCUAUAAUUGUCGAUAAUGAAGGCCAGAAUAUCAUCGUUAUAGUGGCUGGAGCAAAUUUACUUUUGAAUACUGAAGACCUGAGAGAAGCAGCCAAUGCCAUUAGCAGAGCCAAAGUCAUGAUCUGCCAGCUAGAAGUAACUCCAGCAACUUCUUUGGAAGCCCUGACAAUAGCCCACAGCAAUGGAGUGAAAACAUUGUUCAAUCCAGCUCCUGCCAUUGCUGACCUGGACCCCCAGUUCUACACGCUCUCCGAUGUGUUCUGCUGCAAUGAAAGUGAGGCUGAGAUUCUAACUGGCCUCAAGGUUGGCAGCCCUGCGGAUGCUGGGAAGGCUGCACUGGUGCUCAUGGAAAGGGGCUGUCAGGUCGUAAUCAUCACCUUAGGUGCCGAAGGAUGCGUGAUGCUGUCACAGACACAACCUGUCCCAAAGCACAUUCCCACAGAGAAAGUCAAGGCUGUGGAUACCACGGGUGCUGGUGACAGUUUUGUGGGAGCUUUGGCCUUCUACCUGGCUUACUACCCAAAUCUGUCCUUGGAAGAAAUGCUCAAGAGAUCCAAUUUCAUUGCAGCAGUCAGUGUCCAGGCUGCAGGGACACAGUCAUCUUAUCCAUACAAAAAAGACCUGCCAUUUGAUCUGUUUUGAUUGCUAUUAACCCGAAAAUAAAUAUACCUGGAAAUAAAAUGUACCUGGAGGGGGGGUGGCCACUCUUAGCUAGCAUCUUACUGUAAAAUGUCCUCUUCUUUCUUUGCAAAUAUUAUGUUCAUUUACUAAGUCAACCUCAAGCUUUCAUUUUUUUAUAAUGAUGACUUCUUUGCUUUUCAUGCAUUUUCAAGAGCCAACCAGAAUUAAGGAUUCCCUGACCAGGAUCUGGAUAAACAUUACCACAAUUUACGAACCAGCAAACUAUUGCCAACAGAUCACGAAUUUUCUAUGUACACCACAGAACAGGCGCUGUGGACAAGUGUCUAGAGUCCGAACAGAGAAUGUUAAAUAAGGGAAGGGGACACAUGAAUUGGACCACUCAAGCGGCUCCUAAGAGAGGCGGCUGAUAUCCAGCUUUAGCUUAGUGACAUCAAAGCCUCUGGUUUUGCAAGAGAAGCCAGAAGUUUCGAUGUUUAUUGAAAUUUUUCAGUGUUUAAGUAUCAGCAACUGAUUUGUUUAAAAAUGUAAACACCACCUGUGGGCCACAUUCAGCCCAUGUGCUGAAUAGACAAGUCAUUUGUUAAGCCAGAUUUUAAUUUUUAUUUUUUUAAAGAUGGUUCAUGCAUGUCACAGACCCUUUACAUCAGGCUUGGCUUAGCUAGGAUCAAGUGAAGGAUUUUUCUUAUAACCCAAGACCAUUGUGUAUAGUUUCAGCCUAAAAAUAGCCAAGAUCUCACUUAUUAUUGCUUUGAACCAGAGCUUUAACAAAAGACACCAGAAAAUAGCUGACUGACUAUAAUGCCACAAGCCUCUAAGUCUCAACAACUGUCUACAUCUAAUUCCAUUUCCAGAGAGCUGCUCUUGCAUUUCCUCCGGAGACACAUUGAGCCAUGGGGAGGGAACACCUGUUAUUUCGGAAAAGCAUUGCUUGCUUAAUGCUUGUGGCCAUGGUGGGCCCUCUAUCAUUCUCCCAUAUAAAUGCUUUAAAUGGGUCAGGACAUGAACCAGCAGGGCACAAAAUCUAAGCUGAUCCUUCUUACCUUCAGGCAGAAAUUUGAUAAGGAGAAAACUGAGCAAUUUUGAAAAUCUGUGGGAAACAAUAGCUUGAGUGAGAAAGUAUAUAGAUCUGGGUAGAGCAGGAGUCCUUACCUGAACAUUAGGGAUUAUCAGUGGAAUUUCCAAGCUAGUUAGCUAUUUGGUACUGCCAUGCCCCAGAAGCCCGAGGCUUUAUGGAAAUGCACUAUAGCUCCUCUUAUUUAAAAAAAAAAAAAAAAUCUAGGAGAUAAAGGAGUCCAAAGCAUUCCUAGAAAAUCCUAAAUACUGCUUUGGUGACCUGAGUUUGAGAAUAUGGACCAAUGGCAUUUUUCCUAAUUAUAUAAGCAAGAAACAAAAAUAAAAGUGCUCAUGGUUUCUUUUGUUACGAGGCUGGCUCCCUUCUUUUUCCUGUUGACCCUUGCCAUCUCUGUUAUUACACGGAAGUUUUUUCAAGAUCACACUGGAGUGUGACUCUGCCUUUUCUAUGAAGCACAAGGAGGAGCAAACUGGAAACUAUUGCACAAGUCUCAUUAUGGAAAAAUUUCUCUUAUAUGAAACAAUGGUAUUUUUUAGUAAGUACUUGGUUUUUUUAUUUCAAAUAGUAGGGGAAAACAUCACUAAGAGACAAUAGCACAGGCUAUUUUAAUGUUUUAUUAAGGGCUAUAAAAAUAUCCAGAAAGAUAAAUAAAUGUGAUGCAAUGAUAUAUGUCCUAAUAUGAAGAACUUUCUUUCACUGCAUUGUUUUCCUUCACAAUGGCCUUCAAAUCACAGGAGGCAGUGAUUCCGUGCCAUUUCCUCUUCUUUUAUUACAUGCUCCAGAAUUUCUGAAUCAGUGUCCCGCCCUCAGUCUUCUUAUUUAUAAAUCAAAUUCAUUUUCAAUCCAUUGUUUAGAGGGAGCGUAUUUUUUUCUGUUCCACAAAGAGGACUUUUUUUCUCACUGUAGGAGAAGAAAAAUGGGUUGUAGCAGAAAACUAAAAAGUAUCAUCACGAUUUUUU